AUGACUGAAGCUGAAAUGAUCAUGGAGGAGAAGUUGAGGAAGAAGAAGGAAGAGGAUGAGGCCAUGUGGCAAGAGUACAUCUCGCAGUGGAGGAAACAGAGGGCCAAGGAAGAAGAAGAACUGAGGAAACUGAAAGAUCGUCAGUCAAAGAGAAAGGUGACAAGAGCUGAGCAAGAAAAGCGUAUGAUGGAUGUAAAGAGGAGGCAAGAGGAGCAAAGGCAGAAAGAAUUAGAGGAAAAGAAGCAAAAAGAUGCUGAAGCCAAAAGGAAACGCUUAGAAGAGGCUGAAAAAAAACGCCAAGCGAUGUUAGAGGAACAAAAGAAACAAAAGGAGGGAAUAAAACCCAACUUUGUCAUCCAGAAGAAAGGAGGUGCUGCACCACCCCCUCAAUCCCACCACCCAGGUGGAUUUGACAAGCUCAGCAAUGUGGAACAGGCACGUAGUGAGCUUGGAAAGUCCAAGGAACAACUUGCUGAAGACAAAGCUAUUGCCUUGACAUACAGAGUAAAGGACCUAAAUAUCGAAGGACUUAGUGCUGAUAAGCUGAGGAACGUUGCUGCAGACUUGUGGAAAAAAAUCGUUACACUGGAAAGUGAGAAAUAUGACUUGGAAGAAAGAAUGAAGAGACAAGACUACGAUCUGAGAGAGUUGACUGAGAGGCAGAAGCAGAUGAAUAGGCAAAAGGCUCUCAAGAAGGGUAUUGACCCUGCGGAGGCUGAGGGAAAAUACCCGCCCAAGAUCGUGGUAGCGAGUAAAUUUGAGCGGAGGAUGGAUCGACGAACUUUUGGUGAUAUGAAAACUUUGUUUAAUGGUGGAUUGGAAGAACAGUUAAAGCAAGCCAUGGAGAAGUACUGGCAAGACCGAAUGCAUACAUUCAAGGAGAGAGGACCCAAAGAACUCCCCAAAUGGGACCCUCUUGCCCCUAAAGUGAAAGAGGUCAUUGAAGCAAGAACAUAUGAUGAGGAUGAUCUCCUGGAUAUUGAACCACCUAUGUUUGGAGUAGAAGAACCCAAGGCCGCAUCUCCACCUCCUCCUGCAAGACGAGAAGAAGUGGAGGAGGAGGAAGAAGAGGAGGAAGAGGAGGAGGAGGAAGAUGAGGAAGAGGAGGAAGAAGAGGAAUAA